AUGGAGCCGCUUCCCAAGAGACGCCGCCUGAGUGCUGAGAAAGACGACACGGGCCUUGCAAAAACACUAGGUCAAUUGACUCCUCGUUCGCUCAGCCAUCCCGUCAGUCCUCCCAGGAAGCGAAGUCGGCCUCAAGCAACGCAUGCUGAGGGCAAUGGGGAGCAACCCCAGGCUACGUCUGCAAUUUCCGAAGGUGCAGACGCCCUAUCACCAAGAGCCAAUGAGACUUUCACUUCACCCUUCCAGCUCACAUGGAUUCGAGACCUUCCUGAAGCUGCCAACACUGACGCCGUCACCUUGCGAGACAUCCUCGGUGAUCCCUUGAUCGCAGAAUGCUGGGAGUUCAAUUACUUGCAUGACAUUGAUUUCCUGAUAUCUCAUUUUGAUGAGGACAUCAGACACUUGGUACAAGUCCACGUUAUCCACGGCUUCUGGAAGAAAGAGGACUCAAGCCGUCUGAUGCUCCAGGAGCAAGCUAAGAGGCACAAGAAUGUGACGCUCCAUUGUGCUUUCAUGCCUGAGAUGUUUGGCACACAUCAUUCUAAAAUGCUAAUUCUCAUCCGCCAUGACGAUACGGCUCAAGUCAUCAUCCAUACGGCAAACAUGAUAGCGAGGGACUGGACUAACAUGACCCAAGCGCUCUGGCGAAGCCCACUGCUACCACUCCUUAAAGAACCACUGGCUGGUAGUACGGAAGGCACUCUGGCCACAAUCGGGAGCGGCGAAAAGUUCAAGGUUGAUUUACUCAAUUACCUGAGAGCAUACGACCAGAGGAGGACCGUCUGCAAGACGUUAGUUGACGAACUUGAAAGAUACAAUUUUUCUGCAAUCAGGGCUGCCAUGAUCGCAUCUGUCCCCGGCCGCCACCUUAUCCAUGACGAAUCUGAGACGAGAUGGGGCUGGGCGGGCUUGAAGCAGACACUGAAAAACGUGCCAGUGCAAGAAGGUGAUUCUGAUAUUGUCGUUCAGAUCUCGAGCAUUGCCACUCUAGGACCUACCGACAACUGGAUUCGUCGAACCCUGUUUGACUCACUCCAGGCCGCGAGGAAUGCCACGCAGAAGUCGCCCAGCUUCAAGGUCGUGUUCCCUACUCCUGAUGAGAUCCGGCGAAGCCUUGAUGGGUACGAGAGUGGAGGCUCCAUACACACGAAAAUCCAGUCAGCCCAGCAGGCCAAGCAGCUUCUGUACUUGAAGCCAUUGUUUUGCCACUGGGCGAAUGACGCCCCGCGUGGACGAGAUCUCGAACCCAGCUGCUCACAUAAGGAAGCAGGUCGCAAGCGAGCCGCGCCCCACAUCAAGACCUACAUUCGCUACGGUGAGAAAUCAAUCGACUGGGCGUUGACCACGUCGGUGAACCUCUCCAAACAAGCCUGGGGAGAAGCAGCCAACUCGUCUGGGGAGGUGCGGAUAGCGUCGUGGGAGAUUGGCGUCCUGGUCUGGCCAGCGCUCUUUUCUGAAAAGGCGAGGAUGGUCGGCACAUUCCAGAAGGAUACCCCAGAGGAGAGCUCGGAGGCAGCGAUCGUGGGCCUGCGUAUCCCGUAUAAUCAUCCUUUGCAGGCGUAUGGUGCAGAUGAGAAACCAUGGGUCGCUACGGCAAGCUACCAUGAACCUGACUGGAAUGGCCGGGCGUGGCUGCAAUAG